AUGCAAUUCUUUACUCUCUCGAGCUUUGUUGCUAUCAGCAGCAUUAUUACUAAUGUCGCCGCGCAUUAUGCACCUGUCAACACCACUGGAUCAGACCCUAUCUGGAGCUUUCCGUAUCAAUUGUCGUUAAAUGGAGGAGCAUUGAAAACAGAUCCAUCUAUCAGUUUUGUGAACGACACACUUCACUCGACUUUCAAUCUCACCGACUCCUUCACGGUCGCAGGGUGGCUUAGGGCCACCGGCACAACCGAUUGGCGCACUUUUUUCGCAUUCGAGUCUAACGAUAUCAAUACAUCGCUCCUCAACUUCGCUCUUGCACCUAACACCAUGCAACUUUACUUUGCCUACAUGGUGGAUAAUGUAGUGAACAAUCGCAUCAAUGUCUUCGCCCCAGUGACCGCGCCCGGACCCAACGUCGAUUUCCACUUUGCGUUAGCCAAGGAUGGCAACCAGAUUUACCUCUAUCUCAACGGUGUUAAGGUUUUCAGUUACACCAUGACCGCUCCGAUCUAUGAUUCACCUAUGGCAAGUCGCUAUUUCGCGUUUUCUGUUCAUGUUUAUGACCUCUUGAGCCAGAAAUACAUUAUUUUGGGAAGAACGAAAUUCAACAAUGUCGGCCAGGCUCAGUGGGAAGGGAUAAUUCACGGGGUCGAUGUAUUCGACAAAGCACUGACCCCUUUUGAAGUUGGACGUGAAAUGGCUUUGACCGAGCGAGCAACAUAUGUGUAA